GGGGGGGGGGGGGGCUGUUUGAUUUUAUAAAUAUUUUACAUUAAGUAGAUAUUACAUGAUAGUGCAUGAUGUUGUAUUUUGUUUAUAUACUGCACUUAAAAAAAUCUAUCACCAAUUUGUUAACAAACAAACAUAAUUGGUUUAGCAUAAAAUACAUAUAAUAAAUUUAAACUUACCUAUUUGUAACAGUACAUGUACUAAAGAAUAUGAAAAAGUAUGUAUGCAAAGGUUUAUUUGAUAAGUUAGUAUAAUUUUUUUGUCAUUUAAAAAACAAUGUUAAUGUGAAUCUGUACCUUAUUUUAAAGAUUCAUUAUCUUUGAACAUAUUUUUAGAUGACAUGGAUUUCUGUAUGGCUGUUUAGUUAACCAAUACAAUAUCUGAGGAAUAUGUUACCCAUAAGUUGAUUAUUGUCUUUAUUUUACUUAGUGACAUGGCCAACUUGUGUAUAGUCAAGAUACUAAGUACAGCAAUGUUACUAAUUAUAAUUACAUGUUGAUGCAUGCCGGGUAAUGGAUGAAAGUCUAAAUGAAAUAUUGAAUGGAAUUUGGUGAAACACGAGAUGUUGGAAAAAGAAAGAGAAUAAUUUAAGAAAGAAUGAAAAGGAAGAGACCGAGAGAGUAAGAUCAUACAUUAAAAAUAAGAUUAUGGGUGAAAAACAAGAUUUUGUGGGAAAAACAAGAUUUUGGGUGAAAACAAGAUUAUGGGUGAGAAAAACAAGAUUAUACGUGAAAAAUGGCAUAUUUUGGAUAAACUUCAUGUGAUAUGGUUGUGGAUAAUGUUUAUUUAAUCUUCUGUCUAAUAAAAAACAAUAUUGUGUUUAUAUGCCGACCUUUACUGUUAUUAUGGUUCGUCGUUAACGCCUGUAGCUACUACGUCACGUAAUUAAUAAUAAUGUUUUAAAAAUCAUACAAUGUUAUUAGUAUGUUAAAAUUGUAUAAUAAAUCAUACAUUUAUGUUAUCAAAAAAUUGUUAAAUUUUAAUUAUUCACGGGUACAUACUUCAUCGUAAUAAAUCCCUCAAAACAAGCUGAUUUACCCUGAUAGUUAUCUUAUUGCUGAACAUAUAUAUAUAUAUCAUACACAUACUCUUUAAAGUGACAUCUGACAAUCAGAAAUGUUUAAGUUCCAAGUUUAAGUUCAAAUGCAUAAACAGCAACAGAUAAGAUAUAAAAAUUGAUACAAGUAAUAUAAUCAGGAACAUAUACACUGCUAUAUCAUAUCAUAUAAUAAUUAAUUGAUUUAAAUAUAACAUUUACUUAUAAAUUUCUAACAUAAGGUCAUUUCAAUGGUACAAAUUUCUUUCUAAUAGUAUAUAUCGGCGAUAAGAUAGGCCCAUUAUCUUCAGGUCAAGGUUUUUAAACAAAAUGGCGACAUUGAUGUAUGUCAUAGGUCUGAUAGGCAUCGCUACUUGUGCCAGAACUGGAUCGCAUUUGCAGGAACGUUUUCUUUUCCAUAAUGUUUUCCCGGACCGGAUUAAUCCUAACUCUCUUCAGAAACUUUGGUGGAUCCGGAAAAUGUCUCCAGACUUAUAUUUGACGGGACGUCUCACGGACAGACAAGUUAAGUAUGCGUCCGAGGGGGGAUUCAGAACCAUUAUUACAUUAUUCCGUUUCAAUUCCCCGGGACAAUUGGGACUGGAGACAUUCCCGACGACAGAUGGGGCGAAGUUGAUGGCAAAUAGUCUAAACAUGAAUUUUCGGGCGAUAUUAGAUUCAGAAGACGACUGGUAUAAAGUGAGUACCAUUGAAAAGCUGUCCAAAGCCAUUAACGAGAUGGAGAAACCAAUUCUUCUUCACUGCCAUCGUGCACAUACCAUUACAUUUGCUACAUUGAUGUAUUUGGCUAACCAAACAAGAUACGAUCCUAGCUUUCGUCCAAAAAUUACGAGUGACGUCUUUUAUCAAGAAAGUGCAUCUAUAGGUUUAGACUUUACGGCAAAUAAAACGUCAGAAGUUGUAUCGAAAAUCACCGGAAGUAAAGUACCGGAAGUGUUUCCGAGGACGACAGCAUAUCCGACAGAAUGGUCGAACUAUUGGCUGGUUCAUUUCGUUUACAAAAAUUGGUUUGUUGGAGGGCAGAUCCACUCCACACAUCUAUCUGCUAUCGUCGACACUGGCAUUAAACAUAUCAUCAACUUACGGUUAGGAGUCUCAACACACAGUCGGGCGUCACAGGAACCUGUCACAUUGCUUAACAUCGUGGACGGCACGCCCACCUACGGAAAUACCACGCUUGGGCCUCGACAAUCUCCGGAAACGCUGAUCAGAACUAGAAUUGAUCUUGACAAACCGACUACUUACAUAUCCGAAACGUCGCCGGUGAACUAUGAAGAGAGGAACUCCCUGGAGUUUGGAGACGAAACCGGAUAUAAUGAAGACAUGGAACAAACUGCUGUGGAGAAAGCUGGAUUGACCUACCAUCACCUUCCGCUGGACGAGAAUCGGCAAUACAGCAGGGAGUUGUAUUCCGAAUUUAAAGAUAAAUUUAUGGAGGUCGGACAGACUGGUGAGCCAAUCAUCUUACACUGCUCUGACAGCAGACGUGCAGCCUACAUGACGGUCCUCUCUGCAGCACUCCAGGAGGGUCAGCAUUUACAAUGGGCUUUGGCCAAACUUGACGAGAUAGGGUUUCCAAUAGGACCGCUGGUCAAACCGGACGUAUACAGUAUGUAUGUCGCGUGGUUGACCGAUUCCAUCAGCAAUGAGACUGGCCGCUGAUGAAGACAAAGCAGGACGAUGCCAAAGUCGCUUCAAUUGCUGUUAAGAUAACCAUCAUGUUUACAACUCGUUAAUUAUAUCUGACUUAUAAUUAAACUAAAGCAAAUCGACAAAA